GUACUCCAUGUAUCACUGACUGUGUGAUGGCCGAAUUGGAAAAAUUGGGGCCCAAAUACAGGAUUGCGCUUCGAAUUGCCCGAGACCCCAGAUUUGAAAGGCUACCUUGUUCUCAUAAAGGAACUUACGCUGAUGACUGUUUGGUUCAACGUGUGACACAGCAUAAAUGUUAUAUCGUGGCGACUUGUGAUAGAGAUCUAAAGCGUCGUAUAAGAAAAAUUCCGGGCGUUCCAAUUAUGUAUAUUUCAAAAAGAAGGUACACAAUCGAAAGGUUACCAGAAGCCUAUGGCGCACCUCUAUAA